GCGAGCUCUCACGUACGUUCGCAGCCGGCCAGCACAUGGCUCGCGCCGCUCACGUUUCCGUGUAACUCAAUAAUUCACAAAUUGCACCUCCCGCAUAGCCUUGCGAUCAAACAUCCAGUCGAGCAGGCUUCAUGUGUCAGAAAUUUUGCAAUGCGAUUUCAUACGCCGCCUCGCCAGCAGAAGGUUGCCGUGCCCAAAACAUAACCGAUUGUGAAAUUUUACUUAACUUUUGAAUUUGAACGUUCUAAAAUUCGAAUACUGUAUCUGCUCACCACUAUUUUAUUACUGCUGCAAUAGUGAUGUGUGACAAGACAUUCUAAAUUUGAAAACGUUAAAAGUAUCUUCUUUACUUGUUCUGUGAUGUUUUAAAACUGAAACUUUAAAAAUGUUGUCUAUGGAUUCGUUGUGGUGCGGUUCAGAGAGUGAGUUGUCGACUUUGAGGCUUUGCAAGAGCGCUAUCGAAAGAACGGAAUACAGACUUUCCAGGCGAAAGACAACCAAAAGUCUGAUUCCCCAGGGCUUGCUCCAUGCUCCCGAGCCACAACCCACCAAGAGUCACAGGCAGAGGAGAUCUGGAACAUGGCCGAGAACAAGAUCCCUGAACGCCCCGUCUCCUAUUCAACAGUUUGGACCAUGUGGAAGAAUAAUGAAGAAUUCGGCGAUGGUAAUGCAAAUCCAGGACCCAGCGUCGCAGCGGCUGACCUGGUACAAGCCGCCGCUGACGGUCUUGGUCAUCAAGAAAGUCCACGACGCCACAAUCCUCACACCCUUCGUGCAAUUAGUACAUUGGCUGGUUCAUGAUAAAAGCAUGGUAGUGUUUGUGGAGGCGGCGGUAUUAGAUGACACCCUUCUGGCGGAAUAUGGCGACUUUACCUCGGUCCGGGAGCGACUCAUGACGUUCAGGGCUGGCACCGAUGAUCUCACAGACAAGAUUGACUUCAUUAUAUGCCUCGGAGGAGACGGCACGCUGUUACAUGCCAGUUCACUAUUUCAGCAAUCAGUCCCUCCUGUGAUGGCGUUCCACUUAGGUUCCUUGGGUUUCCUCACACCCUUCGAGUUUAAUAAUUUCCAAGAACAAGUUAUGAAUGUUUUAGAAGGACACGCGGCGCUGACCCUCCGCUCGCGGCUGCAGUGCGUGGUGCUUCGCAAGAGUAACGACCUCACCAAAGACAAAAAGAAACCCACCACGAUACUGGUGCUCAACGAGGUGGUGGUGGACCGCGGGCCCUCGCCGUACCUCUCCAAUAUAGACCUGUUUCUAGACGGGAAACACAUCACCUCCGUCCAGGGGGAUGGUCUAAUAGUGUCGACCCCGACCGGCAGCACGGCGUACGCGGUGGCAGCUGGCGCCAGUAUGAUCCACCCGUCAGUUCCAGCCAUCAUGGUCACCCCGAUCUGUCCCCAUUCGCUCUCAUUCAGGCCUAUCGUCGUACCUGCGGGCGUCGAACUCAAGAUUGCUCUGUCGCCGGAGGCACGAAACGCGAUGUGGGUAUCAUUCGACGGCAGAAAUCGACAGGCAUUGCAGCACGGAGAUAGUUUAUACGUGACGACGUCCGUAUACCCGGUGCCGUCGAUAUGCGCACAAGACCAAAUAUCUGAUUGGUUUGACUCACUCGCCGAGUGCCUACACUGGAACGUCAGGAAGAAACAGAAGCAGAUGGACGAGAUGAGCGACAUGACACACUCCUCAAGCGACACUCUGGAAGAGUUAGAGAGUAACCAUCAUGACGAGAGACCGACGGAUACAUGACCUGAAUGGAUGAAAUAUAAUAAAUUUACCUUCUUGUUCAUAAAAAUUUCAUACAUUUAAUAAACCUAUAUUUUAACUAUUGGCAGUGUUCCGUCCCUUUCUCUCUAGCUGAACACAUAAUUAGAAUGAAAGUGAUAACACAUUAAUAGUUUUAUCAGGUUUAAGUAGUUGGAAAUUUUAUAUGAAUAAUUCUAGCAAGACUCAUUUGUUUUCUUGGCCCCUUGAUAUAUUUCAUAAGGAGUAAUGUAUUUAUAAAUGCACAAAUAACGUUUUUGUGUCUGAAUAUGUAUGGUGUAAGUAUGUGUUAAUGAUUCUGAUAUAGCAAAAAAUAUGAUAUGUGAUUAUUUUGUUUUAUAUAGGUGACAUUCCCUUGGACAAUAAAAUUAAAUUUUGUUAUGUCUUUCCGGGGAUAUGUUUCGUUUCUUUUUGUUUGUUUGUUGUUCUAUGAUGCUAUUUCAGUGGCCUGAUGUUUACAUUUCGAAUGCUCAAAAUAAUACGACAAAAAAGUCGUUUUUAGAUUGUAAUCAAAGGUGGCAACACUGAUCUUUUUUAACUAAAUAUUAUUUAACUUAGGUGCCUACUUGUCUAUUCUUAAUUAAUUGAAUAAAUAAAUUGAUACUGAAUAAAUAUUUUAACCGACAUGUGUAAUAAUUAGUAACUUUUUUAUAAUAUUUAAAUAUUUGCCACCAAUUUUGAAAGCGCCUAUAUAUUAUAACUAUAAUCGUAAGUGAUUUGCACCAUCAAAUUGUUAAAAUAUUAUUUACUGUAGUAAAAUAAUCUUAAUAAAAAUAAAUUUAACUAUGUUUUCAAACUUUCAUAAAAAGAAAAAGGUGCUACUUCUUAAAACAUUGCAGUGCCAACAAAAUUAUGAAUAAGCCUAGGUUUAUUAUUGGUAUCCAAUUAGAGCACAAAAAUUAAUACCAAGUCUAUGUGUUUUGAUCAGAUAUUCAUAUAAAGACAGUCGGACACGAUACCCGUAGUUAUUCUGGCCAGUCUCUUUCUUUUCUUUGUUUGGAUGACUCCGUAGUUUCCUAACGAAUCUCUAGUAGUUAUGGUUGUUUUGUAUUUUUUUUUUUUUUAAUUUAUUAUUGUACUAUUAAACUAACGUGCUCUACAGACUAGUCAUAAAAUUAUCAUUGUAAAAUAUCACUGUAAUCGUUGUUGUCUUCAAGUUCAGUAGACCUCACAAAAGUCAGUAGCUGGCUCACUGUACUUGUUAUUGAACUGGCUUCGUAUCCGACUGCCGUUUGUUUUAUACAGGGGUUGGCUAUAUAGGUGUUAAGAAAAUGUUUUAUUUGUCUAGCAAAAUACAACAAAAUUAUGAAAAGAAUGUAUUUUUCAAAAUAUUAUGUGUUAUUUAAAUUAAAAUUUGGUAUAAGAAUUAAAUUUAUUCAUUUCAUUAUAAAUUAUACAAAUCUGACUAGC